CCCCAACCAAAACAAGGAGGAGAGAGAAACUGAAACACAAAUCCCUGAAUUGUUUUUGCGUCUCUGCACUUACUGGAGGUGCCGCCAUUCUCACCUUCUUCUUCUUGUUCUUUUAUCAUGGACCAGAAGCUUGCUACUGCUUCUAAAGAUGUUCUUGUUCAAAUUGUUAAGUUGUCACAAAAGAAGGGAAUGGAGGGUGAUAAUGGAGGAUGGAAGGAUUUUUUGAAAGUUCAUGAUAAAAAAUUUGGUGCAAGCAUGAGUGAUCCAGCUCGGAGGACCCCGGAAGUGUUACGCGCUUUCUUAGAUACAUUUAAGAAAGAGGAAGACUUAAAUUACUUUGAUAAACUCUUAAUAUGUCAUUCUAACCGGGACCUAGUGAAACAAGUAGCGAAAUCAGAAGAUGCUGAAUCACCUGUACAGAAGUUGGUUCGUUUGACACUUGAACAUCCACAGUAUCCAAUUGAGUAUACAUUUCCAUCAUAUAAGGAGGAUUGGGUUGUUACAAAACUUGGUAAGAAGUCAAAGUUGGCAACGUCAGAGACAUUGCUGGCUGUUGAUUGUGAGAUGGUUCUCUGUGAGGAUGGAACUGAAGCCUUGGUUAAAAUAUGCGUGGUAGAUCAGGAUUUAGAGGUAAAACUCCAUGAAUUUGUCAAUCCUAAUAAAGCAGUAGCAGAUUUUAGGACACAAAUUACUGGUGUUUCUCCAGAAGAUUUGGAUGGCAUCACUUGUUUUCUUGCUGAUAUACAGAAAAAGUUGAAGAAGCUAUUGUCCCAAGGGGCUAUUUUAGUUGGGCACAGUCUCAGUAAUGAUCUGAAAGCUUUGAAGGUUGAUCAUGCAAGAAUCAUUGACACCUCUUUUGUCUUCAAACUUGGAGAUGGAUCAACGAAAAGAAGACCUUCCUUGAACGAUUUGUGCAAGUUUGUGUUGGGUUUUGAACUUCGCAAGAAGGGUGCUCCGCAUAAUUGUGUUGAUGAUGCAUGUGCUGCUAUGAAAUUAGUGCUAGCAAAGAUAAAGGAUGGAUUUGACAGCACAAUUCCUGUAGUUCAGGAUGAUGUGCCAGACAGUGAAAAAUCAAAGCUCCUUAUACACAGAAUACCGAAGGAUCUUCCAAAUGAAGAACUAGGUCAGAUCAUCCCUGGAGACUUCACCAUUGAAAUUCAGGCUAGUAAGAAAGUUCGAGGUGACAAGUAUUCUGCCUUAGCUACUUUCAAAAGUCCACAGGAGGCACUUUGUACGUAUGAAAAUCUGGAAGGAGACGAAGAAAAGGACACUUAUGGGCGGUCUCAGAAACUUGUCUCUGUCCAGCUUAAAAAUGGCUCAACAGCUAUUAUAUGUGUUCGGAAAAUGUUACCUGACACUCCUCUUGACAAAGUUUCUGCGAAACGAGCACAUCCAACAGAGGGACCAGUAAAUGAAUCAAAGAAGUUAAAGAUCGAGCGAACUUCUGAAGCUGCUCAGCAGAUUCUCUGUUUUGAUCAUGUGAAGGAGAUUGAAAGGUUGAAGGAUUUGGUUAGCCAAAGGGAUCAAGAGAUUUCUAGCCUGCAUAAGAUUGUAGCAGCUCUUACAAGGAAACAAGGGCUCUAAAUUUUAAAUCUCUAAUUUAGAUCCCCAGCUGGUUAAUUUGGGGCUCUGCAAAUUUUGAAAGGGCCUAUUAUUUGAGGUUAUGCAUGAUCAAGAAACAAGUGACAACAGAGAUUUUUUGUGCAGGAGUUGAUUCCCCAGCCAUUUGUAAAGUUUUGGUUUACCGCCUAGUAGUAGAUAUUGCAUCCUGAGGAUUUUUUUUUUGGUUUUCACGCAAUAAUUUGUAUGAUUGCAUGCUUUAAUUUUUUCAUAUUUAACAAAUUUGUUUCAAGCAAUAUAUAGGAAGGGUCAAAUUACCUAGGCUUAAUAUUUAGCCCAAGUCUGCUAUAAUGUUCACUAAUUCACUUACUAGUGGUGUAUGACAUUAGCUGCUACAUUGGUAUGCUGAUAGGAUAAUCGUUUAAUGA